CGGGCAGCUCCAGCCCAAAGAGGCUGCACCCACAUUCCCUGGCUGCUCUCCAGCCCGCAGGAGCUGAGGCAACAAAGUCCAGUGAGUUGUGAGGGCUGAGUAGAGGCCGCCGAAGGGGAGGCAGCAGCAGGGAGCUGCCGAGAGGAAGGACUGUCCAGCUUCCAGAUGCCAGGCCUCCUGGGAAGCACGACCCUCGCGGGCUUGAUCACAGGCAUUGCCGUGGCUCUUCUGCUGUUGGUGCUGCUGCUGGCCACCUGCCUGUACCACGGACAGCGGGACCAUGACGUGGAGAGGAACCGCCCGGCCGCGAGGAGAAACCGAGUCCGGUGGGCCCAACCUUGGCUCCUCCCGGGCCGGGGCCACCCGGGACACGCUCACUGUUUCCGUCAUCCUGGCCACGUGUCUCACACGCACCACGUGGGCCUCCACCACCAUCGCCUCCACCGACACCUCUACCACCAAGCCCACCACCAAGCCCACCUCCAUGCCCACCGAGGCCACCACUGACGCCUGUGAAUGGCAGCCACUGCCUGCCCUCCCGUGGACCCCCAUGCUCCUGUGCAGAAGGGCGCCUCUCUGUGGUAAACACUGAGCACUGUGCCCUGGGUCCUGCUUGGCUUCUUUUGCAUACCCCCCCCCCCCCCCCCACAGGGUACUAUAAGGAGAGAAGCGAGGAAUACAGGGGUGGCCCUGCACACACUGGAAGGUAACAAGCCCCUCCAAGUCCAGGAAGUCUUGUGCUCACAUCUUUCAGGACAGCUCUUCUUCCAGAAGUCGCCAGCGGAGUUGACCACAGUUCUUGGAAUCCAGACCAGAGGCUUAGAAAACAA